UCCCCUCCGCCAAAGACAGGGCAGAAUUUGGCAGGGACCGAUGUGGUGGCUCCCGGCGAAUCAAAUCGGACCAUCCCCUCCCGUGUCCCCUGUCCUCGCCGCUUUGGGCUCUGGCGUCCGGCUGUAUUAGCGACUGCAGUGUCUGUUUCUGGUCGGAGCAGCAGCCCGGAGACCGGGCCGCAGAUCGAUGCUAGUCGUACCAUCGGUUCUUGCUCAUCCGAACUGCACCUUUUUUCUUCUUUUUCAAAUGCUACCGAUGCACGUGUGGUUUGCCAAGCCAAGCGAGCUGCAGAUACGCCAGAGCCAGUAAAUUUUGUUUUUGCAGCCCAGAUAAGUACGCGAUUUUAA